UACCAGGUCAUCUGGCUCAACAGCGGGCAUCGGGUCACCAGGCACGACAGCGGGCAUCGGGUCACCAGGCAUCAGGUCAUCUGGCUCGACAGCGGGCACCGAGUCAUCUGGCAAGGCAGUGGGCACCGAGUCACCAGGCACGACAGCGGGCAUCGAGUCACCAGGCAUGACAGUGGGCACUGGGUCAUCAGGCUUGGAUCGUCUGGCAAGACUGCGGGCACCAAGUCAUCUGGC